AUGGCUCUCAUUAUGUUCACAGAUUCUAAAUUUGUGCGAGUGGCUUUCUCGCCACGGUAUCUGCUGGCAACGAACACAGUGUCAUGUUCAACUCUGCUUGGAAUCGCCGAUGUUGCGCAACAGUACAUUCAUGGCGAUUGGGAUCCCGGAAAAGAUCGCCCAUUGGCCAUCUGGCGGACUUUGCGAUUCUCGAUAAUGGGUAUCGUGGUAGGACCAAUGAAUCAUUUUUGGUACAAAUGGCUUGAUGCAAGCGUAAUUCGUGGCAAUCAAGGGAGUAUUGUACUUAAGAAAGUAAUAGCCGAUCUAGCCGUAUCGCCUGUAUUCGCAUCAACUUUUGUUUCAGGUCUGAUCAUCUUUCCGUGUUGCACUACUCGAAGGUCAAUCGGUGAAGAGGGCGCUUUCCGAAUAUCGACGCAAAUUUCUACGAAUUUUCAU